CCCCGUGCUCCCGAGGCCGCGCCGCCCGCAGACAAAGCCCCGCCGCCGCCGCCCGGAGCGCGGGUCCCGGGCCAUGGCCGAUCCGCUGCCCGGCCCCGCGCCUCCCGUCCCGCCGCCGCCGCCCUAGGCCGCGCCGCCAGAUGUGGAAAUAGAGGUCCAGAGAGGCUUAACGCUUGCCUGAGGUCUCACAGCCUGGACACUACGGAGCUGACAUUUCAACCCGGGGAAGAGCACGCUGAGAGCAGACUGGGCAGAGGCAGGGAGGGAGCCGUGGCCUGACAGGGACUUCACAUACGUCGCCUCUUGAAAAAAUGCAGCUAUUGUCCUAUGUAGAGUGAGGCUGUGAGAGCAGGAGCACCAGGCCCCGGGCUCCCCGCAGGCCGCCAUGAAGCUGAACGAGCGCAGCCUGGCCUUCUACGCGACCUGCGACGCCCCGGUGGACAACGCGGGCUUCCUGUACAAGAAGGGCGGCCGGCACGCCGCCUACCACCGGCGCUGGUUCGUGCUGCGCGGGAACAUGCUCUUCUACUUCGAGGACGCGGCCAGCCGGGAGCCCGUGGGCGUCAUCAUCCUGGAGGGCUGCACGGUGGAGCUGGUGGAGGCCGCCGAGGAGUUCACCUUCGCCGUGCGCUUCGCCGAGGCCCGGGCCCGCACCUACGUGCUGGCCGCCGAGAGCCAGGCCGCCAUGGAGGGCUGGGUGAAGGCCCUGUCGCGGGCCAGCUUCGACUACCUGCGGCUGGUGGUGCGGGAGCUGGAGCAGCAGCUGGCGGCCAUGCGGGCGGGGGGCUGCCCGCCGCCGCCGCGCCGGCCCCGCGCCCUCCCGCCCAAGGAGAACGGCUGUGCGGUCUGGAGCGCCGAGCCCCCCGCUGCCUCACCGGGCACCUCCGCGGGCGCCUCCGCGGGCGCCCGGUCUGGCCCUGAGCGCCCCCCGCUGCCACCCCGCCGGCGGGCCUCGGCGCCCAAUGGGCCUCUGGACUCGGCCUCCUUCCGCCAGCUGCACGAGUGGUACGGGCGGGAGGUCCGGGCACUGAGGAGCCAGUGGCUCAGGAGCCGGGACCCGACGGACAGACUUCUGGAGCUCUAAGCAGGCUCCGACGGGCCCAGCCCUCAGACUGGGGAGCCCAGUCCUGAGGGAGAUCACAGUUAAGUCCCGAGGGAAACUGAGGCCCCUGUGAGGGAUGUAAGCGCCUGAGAAGGUGCUGGAAUCCGAAGAGCGUUUAGGACUCAGAGGGGGUCACUGUGCCUCAUGCUGAGGAGAAUCCUGGGCCUGGCUACACCUCAGGACGCCUGAGGGCUGGUUCUGAAGGAACUCUAGCCCCAGGCCCAGCCCGAAUCACCAGUGAAGGCCUGCUGCUGGCGUCAGGUCCUGUGGCCCGAAGGCAAAUGCCCAGUCAGCCCUCGUCCCUGACGGGUCCUCCACACGGACAGAGAAGGCUCCGUGCCACGCCUCACCUGGGUCUGUCCUCCUUUAGCUCCAGUGGCUCCUGAGAAGCUGGCCUGGCUCCAGGCCACCCGCCCGCCCGCCUCCAGAGGCAGCAGGUGCAGAAGGUGCAGCAGGUUUUAAUGCGUAACCGGAAUGGUGAGAUCACCCGGUCCCAAGGAGCGGGGCGGAGGCAGGGCUUUGUCCUGGGCCUCAGCCAGACCUUGAGGUGGUGCUCCUGGUGCAGUAGUGACCCUCUGGCCUGGGGCCGUGCCUGUGUUGGUGUGGUGGCUCUCACUGGCCCUCCCCACGGUCUUCAGCCACAUCCCCCACCUCCUCUCCCAGAGCCAGCUCUCCCACUCCCGUCCUGGGACAAGGCCUCUUGGGAGCUCGCCUGACCUGGCCCGGUCUGGCUGGGCAGCCCUGGCUGGAGCUGACUUGGCAGCAGGUUUCACUAGGGAGGGGCGGACUCACUGCCCGGAAAGGGCCCUGGUGCAGACCGAGAGGGGCAGAGAAGCCGCUGGGAAGCUGAAUCCCUUCCCCCGUCACAGUCCAGGCCCCCUCCACCUCCAUAUUCCGACGGGGAGGCUGACAGCACAGUGGCUGUUCUUCAUCCGAGGAGACUCUCAGGGGGCCGGGUCACCCCUGGGCCCUCAAGCUGGUCAUGUUUACAGUCCUCAGUGCCCCACACUGGGGACCCCCUGAGGACACCCUCCCCCUGACUCUAUUCUUCCUGCUGCCUUCAGAGGCUCUGGGGCCCGGGGGGAGGUUGGGAGCUGUGGGUCUACAAUCACCAGCUCACUGCUGGCUCAGUGGGCUGGGGCUUCCGUUUUAAUUUAAUUUUUAAUACUUAGGUGUUGUUUUUUUUAGCAACAACAUUUAGCAUUUCCAUUACUUUUGUUUCUUGUUGGCUGGUGGGAACAGGGCGCCUGGCUCUCAGCGUGGCUGGGGUGGGGGUGCCAGAGGGCAGUUGGCAGUCCAGGGAGAGAGCCAGGAGUCUUGGCUGGAGACAGAGGCAUCUCAGGGCCAGCUCUGAGCUGUGGCAGGUGCCUCUGGGCCUUGGUAUGUUUCCUGUUCCGCUCUCUCCCAAGUCCUGAGCAGUAGGGGUGGGGAUGGCGGCUCUUGUCCUUCGAGCCUGUGUCCUGGCCACACCCGGCUGGCAGGAUGAGAUGCUGGCCCCAGUCCUGACGCAGGUUUACAAGCUCUAAAGGUACAGAGCCCCCGGUCUCCCUGGGGGCCGGUGGUUAUCACCCCCACUCUGCUCCCCAUCCUGAAAGCACAAGAUCCGGUCAGAGUUGGGGGGGAGGGAGAUAUCACAAAGAUUAAAAUGAAGUAAAACUUUGUCAAG